GUACUAGGCUCAUUGUACGCAGGUCAGGUUUAGUGUUAAUACACCAAUACCCAAGUAAAAUUGAGUUUGUGGAGUGCUGCGUAACUCGGUGAUUUCAAUUAUGUUCUAAAUCAUAGCUUAAAUUCCUGUUAUUUUUAUCAAAUUGAUGUAGAAUGAGUCGAAUUAUGAUUCAAAAGUGUCUUUUAUUGGCAGUUUAUCUCGGAUGUGCUGCAUCUUCAACAAAUGGCACCUUAGAAACCUUCGCCAAUGGAGUACCACGCCUUGACUUGGAGAGUCUGGAGAGUGGCUACCACGGAUUGGUGAAGGAGAACGAGACGCUUGUCGAAGUAACUCCAAGAAUUCGAGGAGUCGGAGCUGAUAUAUGCAGCUUUAGAAUCGUAAACAAACAUCAUGGCGAAGCUCCAUUCGAAAUUAUACUUAAAGGAGAAGGAGAAGCUGAACUCAGGGCCAGACGAGUACUCAACUGUGAGAAACGCAAGAACUACAAGUUUGACAUUGCAGCUGUGUCUUGCAGUGGCGACCAAUCUGACAAUGCCACCGUACACAUAACAGUGGUAGAUAUCAAUGAGUACGCUCCCGCGUUCUUGGAGCCAUCGUACGUUCGGCAAGUGGACGAGGGCAGACUUUACCAGGAGAUACUGAGAGUGGAGGCUUCUGACAGGGACUGUACUCCCAAGUUUGGUGAUAUCUGUAAAUACGAGAUUCUGACUAGUGACCAGCCAUUCGUCAUUGACAAUGAAGGAGCAAUACGCAACACGGAACCAUUAGAUUAUGAACGAAGCCAUAAUCAUAUUCUGUCAGUGGUUGCAUAUGACUGCGGAAUGAAGCAAUCCGUUCCGGUCAUGGUUACAGUCAAAGUCAAUAGGAUUUGUAAAUUGGGCUGGAAAGGUAUCCCUGAACGUGUGGACUACGCCCCUGGCUCAGGUAGGGAGGACCUGUUCCCAACGGCUCAGCUGAAGUUGUGUGACGUGCCGUGUGCAGUGCACUCGGUGCAGACCAAGCUCACCCUGGCCACCUCCCACAUCGGCAAGGGCUGUGACCGUGACACCUACUCCGUGCAGAGUCAGCGCAAACUUUGUGGAGCGAGCAGUGAGAGUGUGGACCUGUUGCCGACGCCAGGGUCUGGACUGGAGUGGACCAAGUCUCUUGCCACAGACGAGGGCCACGAGAGCGACCAGAUGUUCGAGUUUGACGGCAGCACCUCGGCCGUGUCAGUGCCCAGCGAAGUGCUAGACCACGGCCUCGCUCGCACCUUCACCAUCGCCACUUGGCUCAAGCACAAGGCCCACGCAGACCUGGACAAGCACACCAAGGAACACAUCUUGUGCAGUGCCGACGACCACAAAAUGAACCGCCACCAUUACGCCUGGUUUGUACGCAACUGCAGAUUGAUUUUAUUGCUGAGACGAGACUUUUCCGAGGGUGACCUUAACAUUUUCCGUCCUGCAGAGUGGAGGUGGAAGCUACCUCAGGUGUGUGACAAUGAAUGGCAUCACUACGCGGUUUUGGUUCGCUUCCCGGAAGUGCAGCUGUAUGUGGACGGAACUCUGUUUAAAAAUGAGAAGAAGAAUCCUGAGAUCAUAGACGACUGGCCACUGCACCCUACCAAGGGAAUCAACACAACGCUGACAGUGGGCGCGUGCUGGCAGGGCUCGGAGAACAAGAUGAAGCACCACCUCAACGGCUACUUGGCCGGUCUCAGCGUACUGCUCAACAAGCUGGAGAAGCCUGCAGUGCUGGCGUGUCUGCACAAGUGCAAGGAGAGUCUGGAGGUCCCUGCCAUGGAGCUGCUGGAGCCUGGCAUGGAACUGCUCACCAACAGCGAUUUGACCGAGCUGAGCAUUGAAGGUGACAAUAAGACAAAUCUUGAGGUGUUGGUGAAGAAAAUAGGCUACAGCAACUCCCGAGAGUUCCCAACUCCAGGCCGCCGCAACCUGCACCUCUCCACUGUCGUAAUGUGUGAUCGAGGCCGACCAAUCAAAGUGCCGCCGGUAGAGAGUUACAUCAUGGUCCUGCAGCCGCAACAGCCCAGCAUAGAGAUCAAUGGCACCACCAACCUGGCCAGAGACUACCAGGAUUUCCGCAACGGUGUCCGAGUCUUCACUGACCUCCACAUUUCAGUCCAGCCCUCCGGCAAGAUGUGGAAGCACGGAGAAUCCAUGAGUGUGAUCCAGAAGAAACUUGACUCCUGUAUUGUGUCUGUGUACCCGUCCCUCAACCCAGACCACGAAAGUCUCACACUUCCGGAGAACAUGCUCACCCAGUUUGGCAUCGUUGCGAAAAUCAGCAAAGAUGGUGCAACAGUUUCUGGAAGUGAUAUCAUUUACAACUAUGAAGAGGUGUUACGUCAGAUUCAGUACACAAACAGGAAGCCGGCUUACUACCUCAAUAGGGUAUUCAAGCUUAUCUGCUCGGAAAUGAAUGGAAGAUUUCUGAGCAAUGAAUAUGUUCAAACGUUAACGGUGAUACACCCGCGAGUGCCUACCGCAAAACCUUCGGCAGCAGCCCCAACCGAGGCCCCGGCGCAGACUGCAGACAAGCAAGUUCCCGCCCACCUGCUGCUCAGCCCACAACACGUCAAGUCUCCCGUCCAUACCAUUGUUGACCACUACCUUGAGACAAAGAUGAGUGACCGAACCCAGGCUGUUAUCGCUCCUCCAGGCCACGCUGUGACCAUCAUAAUCGUUGUGUGCGUGGGAUUCCUGCUGUUCAUGAUCGUGCUGGGAGUGGUGCGCAUCCGAGCAGCACACCACCGCGCCACACAGGAGGAGAUCCAAGACACAGAGAUGGCUUGGGACGACUCUGCAUUGACUAUAACGGUCAAUCCCAUGGAGCAACUGGAGAGUCCGCGGCCAGGCAAGCCCGGGACUCAUGGUCAGUCCCACAUCGCUCCUGACGAUGAUGAAUCAUCUGAUGACAACUCGAGUUACCACGACGAUGACUUGGACUCGACCGACGAGGAGGAGGAGGGCAGUGCAGCCGUCAGCAAAGUGAAGGACUUAGAGUGGGACAACUCCACUCUAGCCAUCUAAACCCGCCCAUUACCUGUUUAGUUGCUUCUGUUUUCCUGUCCAUACUUUACUGUUCUGUUCUUAUUGGAUUUAUUGGCUGGUGCUUAGAUUACAAAGGGCGCUGUGUCCCGAUCCAUUGAUUACAGGUAACCAAAAUUAUCUUCGUCCUAUAAAUAGAGAUCGUAUUCGAACCUAUCGGUCGCAUCCCAGUAAAUGUUGUACAUAAAGCAGGGUGUAGUUGAUCGUGAACUUUUUAACUCAAUUUUUUAUGUUAGGACCAUCCUGUAUUUAUUAUAAUUGUGCAUUUACAUUAUCAACAAUGUAUUUACAGUAUUAUUUAUUUGUGAAUAGGGUAUUGUGUAUACCGAGACGAUUAUGAUAUUAUUUUGUAUUAAUUUUAUUAUUACAAAUUUUAUUUGUACCGCAAUGUGUAAUUAUAUAUAAAUUGAAUUAUUAUAGAAAAGUGAUCAUAUACAAAGUUAUAUAAAUGCAUUUAUAUGUAAAUUGAGAGCAGCUGAUAUUAUAGGUAUUAUAAAUAAAAAGAGAAAAAAAACAUCUUGCCAGUACGCUAACUGUAAGUUUGGACGUGAACUUAAACAUUGCUAAGGUCAUAAAGCUGUUACGUUUUAAUUUUGUAAGUGCCAUUUCUUUAACAACCUUAGGUAGAAAUAUGGUUCAAGGGUAAUUAAUGCUUGGUUUCGUACUGAAAAAAACAAUAAUUAACUGUAUUAAUUUUUAUUUAGUGGUAACUAGAAGUGUUGAAAACACAAAUACUAAUAGUAGUGACACAGUUUCUGCACAGUACUGCCUAGAUAACUGAAAACACUUUGUUUGCAAUAAAUAAUAAUAAUUUAUUAUGUUUUUAUUUUAAAAUGUGUUCUUAAUGUUAAAAUCGCUGUAAGAUAUUUUUUUACUUGUACGGUUGUCGCCAGGCUGGAGCUGUUUCGUUUAGAUCCUAACCUAUUUGUAUGUAAGAGAAACAUGUAUUUUUAUGCAUAUCAUCACCUAGCUUGAUAUCUUAGACCUGUGCUAUAUAUAGAGUAGUUCAAAGACACUGUCACUCCACAUAAAUGUGUAUUCUUGUUUUUGUUUGUUUUUCUCUUAGUAUGACAUUCCAUUUUCAAAUUGUUAAGUAAUUUUAUUUACUGAUUGUAUAGAUUAUGAAUAUUUUGUUAUUUUUGGAUAUUUGAAAACUUUUGUAUAGUGUAGGUACGAUACAUUAUUUUGGAUCUUUAGACAAUUAGAGCGGCUGCUAGGAAAAGCUUUAUACCUAAAAGUAUUAUUUUGUUCAUUUUGAAAGCUAAUCUGCAACUGUUGUAUUUGAUACAUUUCCAGAGGUAUGUUGUACAUCAGUAAUAUGGAGUGUUUCGGGCAGUCCAUUUAGAAAUCUUUGUACCUUACGUGUUGUUUUGUCAAAGUGUGAAAUUAACAAUAACGCAAGAAAGCUUUUUGGUCAAAAAAUUACUAAUAUAACAAUAUAUAGGUGUAGGAAUGUACAGUCAGGGGAGCCAUCUAGAAAUGAACAUAACCGCACACUUAAAACACAAUAUUUGUACUUAUAAAUGUAUCACAGUGUUGUUUAAAUAAAGCCUACACCUUAUAUUUGGAAUUUUA